AUGUAAUUUUUUUAGAAGUCUGAAGAAUAAAUUAGAAUAGAGUAAAAACUAUAAAGAAUAAAUGCAGCUAAAUAAGAGGAAAAGUAUAGAAAACCAAAUCCUUGUUAAGUUACAUUCCCAGAAGAAAAUUUUAUAGAAAUGAAAGUUCAAUAAGAAGGAAAACUUAUCAAAUUAAAUACUUAUAGAUUUUAAGCAAAUGGUAAACCUAAAGCUGUUAUUUUUAUGUUUCAUGGUUUAUGUGCACAUAUUAAUCAUUGUGCUCAUAUUGCUUAAAAGAUGGCAUAGGAUGGAUUCUUGGUAGUUGGAUUUGAUAACAGAGGUUUUGGAAAAUCUGAAGGAAUAAGAGGUUAUCUAGAAAGUCUUGAAAUUCAUUUAUCAGAUUGUCGUCUAUUUAUGUAGAAAGUAUUGGAACUAUAAGGAAAUUCUAAUAUUCCUGUUUUUUUAUCUGGUUUAUCAAUGGGAGGAAUGACUUCUUUUAGAUUAGCUAUUUAAGGAAAUAUUCCAAAUCUUAGAGGAAUUAUUCUAUAUGCUCCUGCAAUUAAAACACUAUUUAGCAAUUUAUAAAUUAAUACAAUCAAAUUUGUAGGAUAUAUCAUUCCAAAAUAUAAAUUAAUAAAACCAAAAAGAGGUUAAACAACUAAGAAUCCUUAAGUGACUGAAGAUCUAAUGAAAGAUCCUUACACAUACUCAGAUGAACUCCUUCCUAAAACUAUUUCUACAAUUACUGUAAGUAUGAAAGAAUGUGAAUCCAUGUAUGGAUAAUUACAAACUCCUUGGAUAGUUAUACAAGGAGGUCUUGAUAAAUUAGUUGAUCCAGAUUUGGCAUUUACGCUACAAAAAGAAUCACCAUCAAAAGAUAAAACUGUAUUAUAUUAUGAAAAUUUAUGGUAAAGAUUAUUUAAUUAUAAUUAGGCAUGAUGUAUGGCAUGAGGAAGAGAUACAUGAUAUCAUUCCUAAAGUAAUAUAAUGGUUAAAUUAGAGAAUAUGA